AUGAGAGUGGCUAUGUUCUGGCAACUACAGCUGCCGGUAUUUUAUCUGUAUGGUCCCAAUGCAAGAGAAAUAUUUGAGCCUGGAUUCAUCACAUUCAGGGUCUUCAAUUACGAAAAGGCAGCUAUGGCUAUUUGUUCAGGCGUUAAACCAACCGGUUGUCACACCGAGCAUUUCUGCAUUGGUGGAGGUGGACACUUUCCUGAAUCAGAUAGACAGUGUGGGGACUUUACAAGUUUCGACUGGAAUGGAUAUGGUACUAAUACAGAAUGGAGUGCUUCCAAAGAGAUAACUGAGGCAGCUGUACUUCUCUUUUAUCGCUGACACUCUGAUGAGUCUAAAAAUCUUCUCAUUGAGAUACAUUACACUGAAUAACACCUGAAUGUUAUAUGCACUAUUACUUUCACAAAUGUAUUUCAUCACAAUAUAUAUCCUUUAUCCUUUAUCAGUCUGAACUCUAAGAAUGCAUUUGCGUUCUUUGUUUGGUGUUUGUCACU